UUGAGUUCAGUGUCAACAGACGAUUUUGUUUUACAAUUCCCACCUGGACAGAGCAAGACGGUGACUGUCUCCGGGAGCAACAAACAACCAUUGCUUUACAGUGUCCUCUGUAUCUUCCUCACGAAAGAAUGAUCGUAGAUGAACACCAACCUUCAUACUUUUUCUAAUAUCGUCCGCCUGUUUUCCUUUUUUUAAGAUCUCCAGAAAUCAUCGGUCUAUCUGUGUUUCUGUGCGAUUGAUUCUUGAGAAUCAUCAUCGCCUGCUGCAUGUAAAACUAUCUCCUUUUGUUCUGAAUGGAUCUGAGGCGUGUUAUAAUGCUAUGAUUUGGGGAAUUCCAUCCCUGAUGGGAUUAAAAUCUGUUGGUGGAUUACUCGCAUAAACCAAUUAAAUCAGCACGUGAGUUCAAUCGUUGAUUUACUGGUUCACCCUAAUUCUUUGUUUAUUUACUUGUGUUAUGCAUAAAUGGAAGGGGAAUUGGGCAAAGUCCAUUUGUGAGUUGGAGCUAUAUUUGAGGUCUGACUCUGGGUCAUGGAUGGGGCCAGCCCUGAUAAUGAAGCGGAGCAGUCUCAGUGCAGAGACUUGGGCGUUGCAUCCUCAUCUUCAGCAUCGACGGGAUUAGGAUGGAAGCCCAGGCAGCUUGGGUUUACUCCGUGCGUAUGGCCUGAUGAAACUUCGGAUAAUUCCCAAACUCUGCGUGUGGUUGUGAGGAAAUCCCUGCUGGCAAGAUUGACCAAGGAAAUUGUUGAAACAUACCAAAUAUGUAAUCCGCAGUUCAAGUAUUCUGAAGAGCUGAAUCCAAAAAGAUAUUUGACCAGCCCAUCAGUUGGAGUGCUUAAUGAUGGCUAUGAUAAUGUUAACUCAGAUCUUAUUCUGACAGUGAACUAUGUCUUGGUCAAUUUAGAGAGAAAUAGAAGAUAUCUUGUCAAAGAUGUCCUUGGCCAUGGGACAUUUGGACAAGUGGCUAAAUGUUGGGUUUCAGAUACUAACAGCUAUGUUGCUGUGAAGAUCAUAAAAAAUCAACCCGCAUACUAUCAACAGGCAUUGGUUGAAGUAUCUAUUUUGAAUACGUUAAACAAGAAGUAUGAUCCUGAGGACAAGCAUCACAUUGUUCGUAUAUAUGAUUACUUUGUAUAUCAACGGCAUUUGUGCAUAUGCUUCGAACUUUUGGACACAAACUUGUAUGAGCUUAUCAAGUUGAACCAUUUUAGGGGAUUAUCUCUAAGUAUUGUUCAGUUGUUCUCUAAGCAGAUAUUGCAUGGACUGGCUUUAUUAAAAGAUGCGGGCAUCAUUCAUUGUGAUCUGAAGCCAGAAAACAUUCUUCUAUGUACAAGUGUGAAGCCAGCGGAGGUCAAGAUUAUUGACUUUGGAUCAGCAUGCAUGGAAGAUCGCACUGUCUACUCCUAUAUUCAGAGUCGAUAUUAUAGGUCGCCUGAGGUUCUUCUUGGAUAUCAAUACACAACAGCUAUUGAUAUGUGGUCCUUUGGGUGCAUAGUGGCUGAAUUGUUUCUUGGAUUGCCAUUAUUUCCUGGUGCUUCUGAAUUCGAUCUUUUGAGGCGGAUGAUUGAAAUACUCGGAGGACAACCGCCUGAUUAUGUACUGAGGGAGGCUAAAAACACUAGUAAAUUUUUUAAGUGUACUGGGAGUCUCCAGAUUGGAGAGAACAGUGAGAUUACGACAAACGGAAGAAGUUCUUAUCAAGCAUUGACUGAGGAAGAAUAUGAAGCUAGAGAGUUGAAGAAGCCAUCAAUUGGGAAAGAGUAUUUCAAUCAUAUGAACCUGGAAGAAAUUGUUACUAACUAUCCCUACCGGAAAAACUUGCCGAAGGAAGAUAUUCUUAAAGAGAGUCAAAUACGAGUGGCAUUAAUUGAUUUUUUGAGAGGGCUAGUUGAAUUUGAUCCCGCAAAACGCUGGUCACCGUUCCAGGCUUCAAGGCACCCUUUUGUGACAGGGGAACCUUUUACCCAUCCUUAUGAGCCCCCUCCAGAAACCCCUCGUGUGCCGGUUGUUCAAGCUGUCAAAGUGGAUCAUCACCCUGGUGGAGGGCACUGGUUUGCUGCUGGUCUAUCACCUAAUGUUCCUAGCAAAAGUAGGCCGUCAUUAUAUAGCAGCUUGCAUUUCCAGAUGGUGCAAUAUCCACCCGCGAACAGCUACGGCAGUGUAGGAAGCCAUGGUAGCUACAAUGAUGGUGUUGGGCUUGGAAGUAGCUACGGAAGUUAUGGAGAAAGCAAUAACAUGUUUGCAUACUAUUCGCCUGUUGGUCCAUCUGGUAUUCAUUUGCUUGGUCAUGGGAGUACGUCAAUGCUUGGAAAUAGUCCUGAUGCAAGGAGAAGAGUUAUCCAAUUCCAGCCGGGGAAUGGUCGAGGCUUAAGCCCAUCUGCUGCGACUUUCAGCCAUCUGCCCCUUGGUGCCAGUCCCUCACAAUUUACUCCUCCAGGUUCCUAUACGCAAGUUUCAGCAAGCUCUCCAGGACACUAUGGGCCUACUUCUCCCGCAAGAGGCACUUCUCAUGGAUCACCUUUGGGGAAGACAUCUACUGCUAGCCAGUUCAAUAGAAGAAAAAAUUGGGGAUGUUCCGGAAGUCCUCAAACUCAAGAUAUAACAUUUUCUUCACAUUGGCAAGGUCAAUGUCCUGACAGCUCCAUCCAUGGUGAAGGAACAUCUCAAGUUCUUAGCAGCUCACCAUCUUAUCUGCAAUCAAAUACUGAUGCUGCAAACCGGAAGCAGCGAGGAGGUGGAGCUAAUCAGAAAAUGGCAUGCUUGUUUAUGCCAAGUUCUAAUUCAAACUUGCAAUCGGCAGAACUGGGGCAUGACAAGCCAGAGUCUUGCUUAUCAAUGCCUGAUCCUGGUGAUUGGGAUCCCAAUUAUAGUGAUGAACUACUUCUGCAAGAGGAUAGUUCAGAUGGAAGCUGCUUGGCAACUGAGUUUGGCAGAAAUAUGAAUAUUGGUUCCACGGAACCAUUGGUUGGAUUUGGAAGGUUCAACCAUGCCGCCAGCACAAGCUCUCCUAUAUCCAUUCAGAGACAACAUGGACCGGUUCAAGCAUAUUCUAAUGUAGAGAUGGAUGGCCCUCCAGCUCAUGAUGUGCAAGUUGGAUACCUGCGCUCGAUGUCUAAGCCUUUUCAUUUCAUCCCUCGUAUUUUGCAAAAUUCUCCUAGCCGUUUUGGUCUGCAACCUGUCCAAAGAUUUGCUCAUGGCAGACCCACUCAGUUCAGUGAUUGGAAUCAAAUUAAGGCUCAAGCUCCUCCUUCCAGUUUUGGCAGCGGAGAAUCGCGUUCUCCAAGAAAUAGCUCGUUUGCCAAUAGUAUGACAUGGGGGCGUAGAGUUAAUCCGCCUGUCUCAAACAUUCCGCCUGCAUCCUGUGCAAGGAAAGACUAUGCAAGGAUAGACUAGCAGUGGAUCAACUCGUCGUUUUAUAAUGUUUCAUGGUGAGGGUUAUCGUAAGGUGAUAAAAAAGAACAGAAGGGAAGGGGGAAAUAUUGUACUUCAUUGGGAUGAGCGGUGUGGCAGGGAGGAGAGGGAAACCCCGUCUAGAUGUUGAUCAUUUGCUGUGGUUGCAUAAAUGUAAUUUAUGGUUAUAGUGUGCAUGCCAUGUUGCCAUUGAUCAUUUAUUCCAGUGAUGGUAAUUUAGAUUUUAGCCAAUCCAAUAUAUAUUGAUGCAAUUUACUUAAUACAUAUUCGCAAGCUUCCAAUUUA